AGAUAUGUGUGAUUUAAUAAUAGGGAUACUAUUGAAAGAAAAUGAUAAAUUUUUCUUAUAAAAUUUUCAGUAAUUAGGAUCAAGUAAUGCAUCUUUAAAUUGCAACUUAUUUUGCACUUAUUUUAUCAAAGGUGUGUGUAUAUAUAUGGUUUUAUAGAGUGAAUUUGGAUGGAUACUCAAGAAAGAAGAAAUGCGUAUGGUGGAGCCAUGUCAGGUUCUUAUUAUGUGUGAUAAUUUUAACCAUGGAUUUUUGUAAAGGUGCCAAUGAAGAACUAAUGGUUGUAGAAUGACCAGUUUUUGAAACUGGGUUUAGGCGUGAUUCGAGAAAUAAUGAAUUUUUGAAAACCUGUUGUUGUUAAUUAAAAGGCUCUAUGUGUGCAAAGACUCAUACUUUUUAGUCGUUAAUUAAGUAGGUGGUGUAAAGAUUAGAUUUUGGCAAAACCUGUGGCUUGGUCAUAGCCCCUUGUCAACAGAUUCCUUGUCCAACCAACUUUCUAUCUUAACCGAACUUCAGUCACAUCAGGGUGGUUCAUUCCAUUUAGCCGAAAUCUCAAUGAUUUGGAAAUUGAUGAUUUUUUGAUUUUGAUGAAUCAGCUAAGCCCUCUCCGUCCUCUGAUUUCUCAGCGAUCAACGUGAUUCCAUCAUCUGGAAACACUCUCAUGCAUCCUUGACUAACCCUUCCCUGUACAUGUCUCCUUGGAAGAUUUUGUAAUAGAGCAAAGAUACUUGAAACUAUCACGCGUAUCCCUUUUUAAUCAUUUUGGGCUUGGAAUGGUGCAUGCCAAAAAACACUGAGGACUUCAUCUUGGCAUAAAAUGGAUUUAUGCAGAUCGUCCAGGAUCAUUUAGAAUAUGGUUCCUGUGGUAAUUUGGUGGAUCAUAUGGAGAGAGAGGAAUGGCUAGAGUUUCUAAAGAAAAGGAGAACAUUAUUAAUAUUAAGCGUUUAACUAUAGACACAUGGCUAACACUUUGUCUUUAUACAGAACUGUAAAACGAUUAGGCAUACCUGAUGAAAGAAUUAUUCUGAUGUUGGCUGAUGAUAUGGCUUGCAAUGCUCGGAAUAAAUAUCCUGCACAGGUUUUCAACAAUGAAAACCACAGGCUAAACCUUUAUGGAGAUAACGUCGAGGUAGAUUAUCGAGGUUAUGAAGUAACAGUUGAAAACUUUUUGAGGGUGCUGACUGGCCGUCAUGAAACAGCUGUUCCAAGAUCAAAACGGCUUCUUAGUGAUGAAGGAAGCCACAUACUUCUGUACAUGACAGGGCAUGGCGGAGAUGAGUUUCUAAAAUUUCAGGAUUCAGAAGAGCUUCAAAGUCAUGAUUUAGCUGAUGCAGUGAAACAAAUGAAAGAAAAGCGCAGAUUCAAGGAGCUGCUAAUAAUGGUUGACACUUGCCAAGCUGCUACUCUUUUCUCGCAGCUUCAAUCACCUGGCGUAUUGGCAAUCGGGAGUAGUAUGAAAGGGGAAAAUUCAUACUCGCAUCACUUGGAUGCUGAUGUUGGCGUCUCAGUUAUAGAUCGAUUCACAUUUUAUACUCUUGCAUUUUUUGAGAGGGUGAACAUGUAUGAUAAUGCCUCAUUGGGCAGUCUUUUCAGUUCAUAUAAUCCAAAUAUGCUGAUGUCAACUGCGUAUUAUCGAACAGAUCUAUACCCUCGUCGACUAGAUGAGGUACCUGUGACAAACUUUUUUGGUUCAGUCAUGGAGACAAUACACACUGAUUCUGCGUAUAAAGCAUUCGCUGGAAAAUACGGUAAAAAGUCUAUAUUAGAGAUGCCUCUUAAGCAGUCCAGCCAAGAAUCACGACGAACACUAGCAAGUUCAGAUGUUCGGUAUCCAACUACUGAUUCAAUUGUUGAGGAUCCACAAGAUUCCUGUCCUUUCUUAAAGUUUUGGAGUUUUAUGCAUGGUAAAUUGGCCAAGGUUGAGGGUCUUGAUAGCUGGGUGAACUGUAGCUUGCUUUUCAUGUUCCCAAUGGUGGCAAUGUCUUCUUGGCUCUCGUCUUGAAGUCUCAGAAGUGGAGACUAGAUAUCAAAUUGAUACUCCUAAAGGAGCUCUAUGGUCCUGCAUUGUUUCAUCUCCAUGUUUGUAGAAAAACAUGGGCCCAAUGGAAGUGGUGGAAGUUGUUCUAUCUCACCAAAACACGCGAGCAACUAGUUGAUGUGUUAUCCUUGUACUGCAAAACAGAAAUUACAGUAAAUUUUUACUAGUACUGCAAUGUAGAAACUAAUUCCAAGUUCGUUGGAUGGAGACGUUACAUAGCUGGACUAUUACACUUUCAUGUGUAUAUGAUGUACACUCAUGGUAGAGGUGACUAUUAGAUUAUAUCAAAUGACGACAACAGGAAGAAGAAGAUAACCAGUAUGAUGCCACAAGUGGGGUCUUGAGAAGGUGAGGUGUAUGUAGACCUUACCUCCACCUUUCUGGGUAGAGAAAUUGUUUCUGAUAAAAAUUUAGUGAAAUGACAUUGAAAAUAAUUUAAGUGGCAUCACGCAUCACACGUAAGAAUAUUAUUUCAUUCAAGUUUGGAAGGUUUUUCUUUGUUA